GUUUAUUUAAUUUAUUUUGUUGCAUUGGGUUAGAAGUGAAAUGGUCUAAUUCCUCUUACGUUCUCUCUUUUUUUUAUCUGUGUGUGUGUGUGUGUGAAAUCAGAAUAUGAUAUCUUCUCUGGCAGUAAUAAAAGCAUGAAAUGUCCGUGCCUCCUCCAAUACCCACAUUGACUGGUCUUUUUUCUCUGUCUUGGAAAAGCUUUUCCUUUUUUUCUUAAUUUUACAAUAAUAAUAAUAAUAAUAAUUAUAAUAAUAUAUAGUCAGAAGAAGUCAAGGACCUUGAUCAAGUUUUUGAAAAGCUCUAUCCAGAGAAAGAGGCAGCUUUAAAUAGUUGAAAGUUAUUAUAUUAUAUGUUCACUGGAGUCUCUCCUCCUGUCCUGUCCUGAUCUUCUGUCACCUACACUACAGCUAACCACCAAGCAACCAAAGCAGCCACCUUCUCUCUCUCUCUCUCUCAUUCUCUUUUCUGUUUUUUUCUUCUUUGUCUCUGCCAAGUGUUUGAUAAAAAUUCAGGGCCAUGGGAAGAGCCCCUUGUUGUGACAAAACCAAAGUCAAAAGAGGACCUUGGUCUCCUGAAGAAGACGCCGCCCUCAAGCACUAUAUGCACAACAAUGGAACUGGGGGUAACUGGAUUGCUCUCCCUCACAAAGCAGGUCUUAACCGGUGUGGCAAAAGUUGUCGUUUGAGAUGGCUGAAUUAUCUCAGACCAGAUAUUAAACAUGGAGGUUUUACUGAAGAGGAAGACAAUGUCAUUUGGACCCUUUAUAGUAACAUUGGAAGUAGGUGGUCUGUUAUAGCAUCACAACUUCCAGGAAGAACAGAUAAUGAUGUGAAAAACUACUGGAACACCAAGUUGAAGAAAAAACUAUUGGCAAGAAGCACCAAUAGCAAUGAGACUACUGAUAACAGUACUACUGAUCAUCUCAACUUGACUCGUUUCAGUUCACCUUUGAUUAAUCCCAAAGCUGAAAACUCUGAUCAGGGGAACUCUGCUUACUGUGAUCAUAGUACUAAUUCAGAUACAUUACCAUAUCUGAUGAAUGUGAACUGUGUGCAAAGCUUUGAUCUCAAACACCCAACUAGUCAACUUUCUUACUCAUCAAACCCAGUGGAAGUUUCUGAUUUUGGAACAAAUGGGAACACAGGCUCCAGCAUUUCAUCAACUUCAUCAUCAUCUACUUUGGCUAUGGAGAAUUGUACUAGUUUUGCUUCAUGGGCUGGCACAGGCAAUGUCAAUAUUGAGGAUGGGAUUCUUUUGGACUUGGGAUUUGACUCUUCUAAUGAUACUUUCCUCAGUGGCUUUGGAUUUUAGGUAAAAAAAAAUUCAUAUUGAGUAAAUUUGUUCACUCUCUUUUGCUUAACUCUGACUAAUAUUAACAGUGCACUAGCUCUAAACUGAAGGCUUCAUUCAGUAAAAGUGGAAUAAUAAUAAUGAUUGAAACAGAAGCUAAGUAUUAAUUAAUUUUAGUUAUUCAAAUAGUAAUUAAUUAACUUUACUAGGUUGUUCUAGUUGUGGUUCUUUUAUUGGGUCCAAUGUAUGUGAAGAAUUAAAGUUAUAAUUACAUGUUGAUCAUAAAUAUAUGAAACAUGGAAGAUAUAAGUAAUUAAUUAAUGGACAUGUCAUGAGGAAGGACUGUUUCCCAUUAUGUUUGUGGGGGAACCUUUCCAGAGCUUUGGCCCUUGCCUUGUACGUUCUAUUAAAGUUUUUAUUUAUUUAAUUAUUUUUUUUUAUGGAAUUAAAAA